AGCAGAGAGCAGCAGUGGCCAGCCGCCUUCCCCUGUUCUAGCUGUGGAAAUCGCUACGGCGCCACUGUCACCACUCACACCACUCGCCAGUUACUCACCACAUCCAUCCGCGCCCAGCUCUCGCAUCCCAUAGGCUGCCCUGUUCUCUGAUCCCACCGGUCUAGUCGUCUUCUUCCCUGCACAGCCCGCGGCUCUGCUACAACGCCCGCGCUUUCCUCCUCCGAAAGCGGCGCUGCAGCAGUGUCCUCCUGCCCUGCGCACGCAAUCGAGCCCCGGCUAGCUAGGCAAGCUAGGCGCUCGCCAGUUAUUGCACCGGGGAUAUCGCUGCCGGGUGGGCGGCGGAUAGCUGCGCUGCGCCGCUACUCCGUGCGUGUUGGGGAGGAGUAAUUGUGGAGGAGACAGGCACGCAAACGAUCGCCCUUCGCCUCCCGCCGCGCGCCCUCACGUGAUUCAUACUUGCCGCCUCCUCACUUCGACUCUCCUCUCGCAACCAUACCAAGCAAGCACCAAACACACCCAGCUCCUCCCUUAGCCGGCGGCGGGGGUCUUCGUUCCUGCUCCCUGCUCGAGGGAGGCCGCGCGCGCCGCCGGGAAAUGGUCGAGGCGACGGCGGCGGAGAUAGUGGUGGUGCGGGAGUACGACAGCGCGCGCGACCGCCGCGGAGUGGAGGCGGUGGAGCGCGCCUGCGAGGUCGGGUCCUGCGGCGGCGGCAAGAUGUGCCUCUUCACCGACCUCCUCGGCGACCCACUCUGCCGCAUUCGCCACUCGCCGGCCUCCCUCAUGCUGGUCGCGGAGAUAGCAACCGGCCCCAACACCAACAGCACGGAGAUCGCCGGCCUCGUCCGCGGCUGCGUCAAGACCGUCGUCUCCGGCACCACCCAGGCCAACGACCCCAUCCACACCAAGGUCGGCUACGUCCUCGGCCUCCGCGUCUCCCCGAGACACCGGAGGAAGGGUGUCGGGAAGAAGCUGGUGGACCGGAUGGAGGAGUGGUUCCGGCAAACGGGGGCGGAGUACUCGUACAUGGCCACGGAGCAGGACAACGAGGCGUCGGUGCGGCUCUUCACCGGCCGCUGCGGCUACGCCAAGUUCCGCACGCCGUCCGUGCUCGUGCACCCGGUGUUCGGCCACGCCCUCCGGCCCUCGCGGAGCGCGGCCAUCGUGCGCCUCGAGCCGCGGGAGGCCGAGCUGCUCUACCGCUGGCGCUUCGCCGGCGUCGAGUUCUUCCCCGCUGACAUCGACGCCGUGCUGUCCAACGACCUCUCGCUCGGCACGUUCCUGGCCGUGCCGGCGGGGGAGCGGUGGGAGGGCGUAGAGGCGUUCCUGGCCUCGCCGCCGGCGUCGUGGGCGGUGCUCAGCGUGUGGAACUGCAUGGACGCCUUCCGCCUCGAGGUGCGCGGCGCGCCGCGCCUGAUGCGCGCCGCGGCGGGCGCGACGCGACUGGUGGACCGCGCGGCGCCGUGGCUCGGGAUCCCCUCCAUCCCCAACCUGUUCGCGCCGUUCGGGCUCUACUUCCUCUACGGCCUCGGCGGCGCCGGCGCCGACGCGCCCCGGCUCGCCCGCGCGCUGUGCCGCCACGCGCACAACAUGGCCCGCGACGGCGGCUGCGGCGUCGUGGCCACCGAGGUCAGCGCCUGCGAGCCCGUCCGCGCCGGGGUGCCGCACUGGGCGCGGCUCGGUGCAGAGGACCUCUGGUGCAUCAAGCGGCUCGCCGACGGCUACAGCUCCGGGCCGCUCGGCGACUGGACCAAGGCGCCGGCCGGGCACUCCAUAUUCAUCGACCCGAGGGAGUUUUAGGCUGAUAUAAACAUGCUUAGGUCUUUAGGGUUUUUUCCACAGCUCCUAGUGAGAGUGGCUUUUCCAGCUCAACAUUUUGCGUUUCAGACAUGUGCUGGUACGUUUAGGCGUAACUCUUGCUAAAACCUAGCUAGUUAACGUUUCCUUUUGUGUUAGAUGUGAAUACAGCUGCUAUUUCCAUCUACUUGGAUGGAAACGGGAGCAGCUGCCUAGUUGUAACCGGUUCCUAUGGGACCAGAGUGGAGACCAGCCUUUGAGUACCUUCUCCUUUUUUGUCCUUUUCAGAGAACUAGAAAGGUUCGUUAGAUUUGUUUUUUUGUUUGAAGGAUAUAUGCAUCCUUCUCCACAAAGAGACGUUGCUUGUGAUCUUUGGGAUUC